GUGUGGCCCAAGAAGCAUUGCCCAGUGCAUGCGGAACCUAACAUCGACUUGUCCCUGCUGUGGCUCGCCAGUUGCUGUCCUCGGGAUCCCCAGGACAGGUUCGAUUCCUUCCUCCUGCUAAACUCCAAGUCCUGAGGUUGAAUUAGAGUCUGGAACUCACUGUACCCCAGCAGUCAUGGGACCUAGGAUAGGGCCAGCAGGCGAGGGGCCCCAGAUGCCAGACAAGGACAGCAAGGCCACCAUGGACACAGAAGACACAUAUGGAGGCAAAGCCAGCUCAGAGCCUCAGAACUUGAGACCUCGUGUGUUUCACAGCAUCAAGUUCUUCGUCCUGUGCCACAGCCUGCUGCAGCUGGCACAGCUCAUGAUCUCCGGCUACCUCAAGAGCUCCAUCUCCACGGUGGAGAAGCGCUUUGGCCUCUCCAGCCAGACCUCGGGGCUGCUGGCCGCCUUCAACGAGGUGGGGAACACAGCCUUGAUUGUGUUUGUGAGCUACUUCGGCAGCCGAGUGCACCGGCCCCGUAUGAUUGGCUGUGGGGCUGUCCUGGUGGCCCUGGCAGGCCUGCUGAUGACUCUCCCGCACUUCAUCUCGGAGCCAUACCGCUAUGACCACAGCAGCCCUGAGGAUAUGUCACAGGACUCUGAGGCUUCCCUAUGCCUGCCCAUGACCUCAGCCCCGGCCCCCACUCCCUCCAAUGACAGCUGUUCCAGCUACACGGAGGCCCAGCACCUCAGCGUGGUGGGGAUCAUGUUCAUAGCUCAGACCCUGCUUGGCGUGGGUGGAGUGCCCAUUCAGCCCUUCGGCAUCUCCUACAUCGAUGACUUUGCCCACCACAGCAACUCGCCCCUCUACCUUGGGAUCCUCUUUGCAGUGACCAUGAUGGGGCCAGGCAUGGCCUAUGGGCUGGGCAGCCUCAUGCUUCGCCUUUAUGUGGACAUUGACCGGAUGCCAGAAGGUGGUAUCAACCUGACCUCAAAAGACCCCCGAUGGGUGGGUGCCUGGUGGCUGGGCUUCCUCAUCUCUGCUGGCAUGGUGGCACUGGCUGCCAGCCCCUACUUCUUCUUCCCCAGGGAGAUGCCUAAGGAGACGCAUGAGCUUAGGUGCCGGCGAAAGUUCUUGGCAGAUGCAUCGUCACCUGUCAGCAAGGGUGAGAACUCUCCCUCUGAGCAGAACCCUGGGGAGUCCCUGAAGAAGCAGGAUGACCUAGUCCAGAUUGCACCAAACCUGUCUGUGAUCAAGUUCAUCAAAGUCUUCCCCAGGGUGCUGCUGCGGACGCUGCGCCACCCCAUCUUCCUGCUGGUGGUCCUGUCCCAGGUGUGCAUGUCGUGCAUGGCGGCGGGCAUGGCCACCUUCCUGCCUAAGUUCCUGGAGCGCCAGUUUUCCAUCACAGCCUCCUAUGCCAACCUGCUCAUUGGGGGCCUCACCAUCCCCUCAGCCAUCGUGGGCAUUGUGGUGGGGGGCGUCCUGGUCAAGCGCCUCCACCUGAGCCCCAUGCGCUGUGGUGCCCUUUGCCUGCUGGGGUCGCUGCUCUGCCUGCUCUUCAACCUGCCCCUCUUCUUCAUUGGCUGUUCUACCCACCAGAUUGCAGGCAUCAUCCACCAGCCCAGCACGCAGCCCGGGCUGGAGCUGUUUCCAGGCUGUGCGGAGCCCUGCUCCUGCCCGUCGGACGACUUUAACCCUGUCUGCGACCCCAGCACCCGAGUGGAGUACAUCACGCCCUGCCACGCCGGCUGCACAAGCCAAGUGGCCCAGGAGGGCCUGGACAAAAGCCAGGUUUUCUACACCAACUGCAGCUGCGUGAGCGGGCGUGGUCUGGUGCUUGCGGGCUCCUGCGAUUCAGCCUGCAGCCACCUGGUGCUGCCCUUCAUUCUCCUGGUCAGCCUGGGGGCAGCGCUGGCCAGCCUCACCCACACCCCCUCCUUCAUGCUCAUUCUAAGGGGAGUGAAGAAAGAAGACAAGACUUUGGCUGUGGGGAUCCAGUUCAUGCUCCUGAGAGUUCUGGCCUGGAUGCCCAGCCCUGUGAUCCACGGCAGUGCCAUUGAUACCACCUGUGUGCACUGGGCCCUGAGCUGUGGGCGUCAAGCUGUUUGCCGCUACUAUGACCAUGACCUGCUCCGGAACCGGUUCAUUGGACUCCAGUUCUUCUUCAAAACGGGCUCCCUGGUCUGCUUUGCCUUGGUUUUGGCCAUCCUGAGGCAGCAGAGCAAAGAGGCAGGGGACAAAUCAACCACGUCCAGCCCUGGCCUAGAGCAGCAACGGUUGAUGUUAGGGCCAAAGAAGCAGCCAGAGGAUUCCAGUGUGUGAGCUGUUCCCUGGCCUCACCUGUCCAUGAGUGAUGGUCAACAGAGGUACCUCCUCUGAGUCCUUUGGCCAAGAUUGGGUGUCAGGAGCACUAUGUUUCAAUUCCAGCUCCUUCCCUAAAUUGCUGUGUGACUUUGGAUAAGCUACCGGCCCUCUCUGGGCCUUUGCUUAUUGGAACCAAGAAGUUAUUUGGGGGUUUGCUGUGUUGGCCACUUCUAAAGCAAGAGGGUCUUCCCUGUUCCUUCCCCUGCCAGACAGCUG